AUGCCGCCGGACGAGGCUGCCGCCGCUGAGGCGCCGGCCGAGGCGCCGGCGCCGGCCGGAGCUCCCGAGGCGCCCGCGCCGCGGCUGCCCUUCACCGCCGCCGAGGCGCCGCGCUGGCUGCUCGUGCCGCACUGCCAGCUGCUGCCCGCGCUCGCGGAGCCGCGCGGGCCCCGCGUCGCGGAUGCGAGCUGCCGGCCGGGCGCCGUCUACAGCGAGGCCGACGACUACGGCCGCGCGUUUUUCACGGCGAUCAAGCGCGCGACGAACUACCAGGACGACGUCAGCAAAUGCGAGCAGGCCAUGGUCAUCGAGCUCCGGCGGCGGAGGGGCACCGCGUGCGUCAACGCGCUGUACCUCCCCGCGGACACCUUCGGCAUGUCGCCGCUGGGCUGCGCGAUCAUCUCGGCGCGGAGCAGCGCCCAGAGCGACGAGAUCGUGCGCCUCCUGCUGCGCCUCGGGGCGGACCCGAACCUCGUCGACCACGCGGGCCAGCGGCCGCUGCACACGUGCGUCUACGAGGGCCGGCCGCGCUGCGCGACGGCCCUCGUCGAGGCCGGCGCGGACCCGGACCUGCCGCAGCUCGCGCACGUCGGCGGCCGCUGGCGCUACGGCGACUCGGCGCGCGAGCUCGCGGCGCGGCCCGCGCGCGACGUCGACGUGCACCUGGACGAGAAGACGCUCGCGCGAGUGCGCGAGGCGCUCGAGCUCGCGGGCUCGCGGCGGCGGCGGCCGCUAGCGUCCAUGGAGCCGACGCCCGGCGACGACUGGCAGACGGGCGAGGACUGGUCGAGCCUCACGAACGACACGACCGGCGACCGGCCGAACUCGGCCAAGGAGCGCCGCGCGCGCAUCGAGCUCGCGUCCGCGCUCCUCGCCGGCGCCGACGACGCGUCGGAGGACGACCUCGCGCGCGCGACGGCGCAGCUCGCGGGCACCGGGGACCCGUUCGAAGACACCGACGACACCUGCGUGGACGACGCGACGUUCGUCGACGCCCAGGGGCUGACGUGCGCCGACCACGAGCGCUGGGACUGCGAGGCCUACGCGAGCAAGUACGCGGCCCUCUACGACGAAUCCGAGGCCGCGGAUAUCGCGGACGCGUGCCCGCGCGCGUGCGGGAGCUGCUCCUCCGCGUGCCCGAGCGGCCGGACGUCCUACGAAGCCGCGACCUACGACGAACUCGCGGCCGUCGUCGCCGCGGACGUCUGCGCGGACGUGACGAUCACGGCGAGCCUCGUGCUCGAUUCCGAGAUCGAGCUCUCGAACAACAAAUCGGACGUGGUGCUCCGCGGCGCGGCAGGCGUCGAACUCAGCGGGAACAACGGCACGACGCGGGUCCUCAGCUCCGCGGGCUCGCUGACGCUGCGCGACCUCGUCAUCACGGAGGGCGCGGCGGCGGGAGGCGGGUCCUACUACGACUACUUUGACGACGGGGACUACUCGAUCGACGGCGGCGGCGUCUACUUCUGCGGCGAGAAACUCCGCGUCUGGGGCUGCGACAUCGUCGGCAACGCCGCGGGCGUCUCGGCCUUCUGGGCCUACUACCAGUACAACGCCGAGGGCGGCGAGGGCGGCGGCCUCUUCGUCUGCCCCAACUCGGAGGAGGUCGUCUUGGGGGACACGACCGUGCGGUCGAACGUCGCGCCGGGCGACGGCGGCGGCCUCUUCGUCGAGCAGCCCGACACGUUGACGCUGCGGCCGGGCACGUCGUUCGACGGCAACAAGGCCGCGGGCGCGGGCGGCGCGAUCUACGCUUCGAACUACGGGCUCGUCUACGCCGGAGACGGCGUCCGCGAGGCCGCGCGCGCGGCCGCCGUGACGUUUUCCAACAACGUGGCGAUGGAGGGGGACGGCGGCGCCAUCUUCGCGACGGCCUGCCGCGUGGAGCUAUCGAAUUUCGUGGCGACGACGAACGGCGCGUCGGGCUCGGGGGGAUUCCUGUACCACAGCCCGAACCCGACGCUCUGCCCCUCGGACUUUCCUUACUUGACGGGGGACGCCGUCGGGACGUACCUCGCCGACGCGACCUUCGCCAACAACAACGCCUUCGGCGACGGCGGCGUCGUGUACGCGUACAUGAGCGACGAGAUCGACGAGACGAUGGAUGUGUCGAUGAGCUCCGCCGUCAGCGACGCGUCCUCGGGCGCCACCGGCGGGUUCCUCUUCGCGCAGAACGCGAACGUUUCGCUCCACGCCGUCACGGCGGUCAACUCCGCGGCGACGGAAGGCGGCGGGUGCCUGAGCUUGACGAGCUGCGCGGCGACGGCGACGGACCUCGUCGUCGAGAACGCGACCGCGGUCGAGGGCUUCGGCGGCGGCGCGGCGCUGACCGGUACGUCGCUCUUCGUGAGCGGCGCCUCCGUGACGGGCUGCGCGGCGAGCUCCGGCGGCGCGAUGGCGCUCGCGUCCGCGUCCGCGAACCUGACUCGCGUCGUUUUGGACGCGAACGUCGCGGACCAGGGCGGCGCGCUCUACCUCGACGCCGCCAGCGCCGUCAAGCUGGCCGAGAGCUCCGCGACGGGCAACGACGGCGCGUUCGAAGGAGGCUUCGCGUUCAUCAGGGACGGCGUCGUCGACGGGUCCGGCACGACGGCCGUCGUCGGGUCGACGUCGGCCGCCGGCGCUCACGUGUACGUCUCGGACUACGGCGAGGCCACGAUCCAGGGUUUGACGCUCGCGGACGGCGCGACGACGUACGGCGGAGCGCUCUACUGCACCGUCGGCUCGGACUGCCGCGUCCGCGACGUCGCCUCCGUCGGGAACCAGGUCACGUCCGAGGGCGCGCUCGCGUACGUGGAGAGAACGGCGCUCCUGACGCUCCGGAACGUGUCGAGCGCCAAGGACGGCGCGUCCGUGGGCAUCGUGAGCGUCGGCGCGGACGCGGUGCUCGACGCCGUCGACCUGCGCGUCUCCGACUCGAUGGUCGACGCGGAGGGCAUCAGCGCGUCCAAGCCGCACUCCGUGUUCCUCGCGAACGCGACCUUCGACCGGUGCUUCGCGUACGACUACGCCGCGGUCCUCUAUUCCAGCGGCGGGGCCGUGAGCCUCGUGGACGUCGACAUCCUCGGCACGUACACGCAGUGGGACGCGGGCGCGAUCGAGCUUCAGGUCGCCGCGCUCGCCGCGAACCGCACGACCGUGUCGGGCGGCGUCGGCGGCCCCGCGUUGCUUCUCAAGUCCGGCGUCGCGACGAUUACCGACGCGACGUUCUCCUCGAACGAAUGCACCUACGGCGCGGGCGUCGUCCAGACGUCCGAGGGCGCCAGAGUCGUUUUCCGGAACACGGCGUUUUUGAACAAUACCGCCGAGGACGCGGCCGCGCUCGCCGCGACGGAUUUCUCGGUCGUCAACGCGACGGACUGCGUCUUCGCCGGCAACGCGGCCGUCUUCGGGAGCGGCGGCGCGGCGAGCGUCGCGACCUCCAGCUCGCUCGCGACGUCGCGCACGAGCUUCCUCCGCAACGACGCCGCGGUCGACGCGGGCGCCGUCCUCGUCGCGCCGCCCGCGGAAUUCGUGAGCCUCGGGAACACGACGCUCGCCGGCAACGUCGCGGCGACGGGCGACGGCGGCGCGGUCAAGAUCUCCGGCGACGACGACGCGAUCGCGGGCGUCGUCGUCCUCGACGCCGCCGGCGACCUCGUCGCGGGGAACCGGGCCCCGCUCGGCGGCGGCGGCGCGGCGUACUACUCGCCCGGCGCGUCGCCGGAGCCGCGCGUCGGCCGCGCGCGAGCGAACGAGGCGCUCUUCGGCGAAAUCCUCGCGACGCCGGUCCAGAGCCUCGCCUUCGUCGACUCCCAAAGCUCGGGGCGCCUGGCCGCGGUCGAGAGCGGCGUCGAGGUCAACGGCUCCAUCGAGGUCGAGCUCCUGGACCUCUACGGCCACCGCGUGCGGACGUCGGAGGGCGACGCGGUGAUCCUGUCGACGGACGACGCCGGCGCGACGCUCACGGGCGACAUCUCGACGGAGGUCUUCGCGGGCCUCGCGACGUUUGGUGGAGUGACCAUCACGAAAGUCCCGGGGUCGAUCGUCGCGCUCGAGGCGACGAUCAGCGCCGCGGGGCUGGUGGCGGACGCGUCCGUAAACCUCACGGACUGCGUCGCGGGCGAGUACUACAACUCGGGCGUCUGCACGCUGUGUCCCCGCGGGAAAGUGUCGUUCGAGCCGACGGACUCGUGCCACACGUGCCCCGACGACGCGACGUGCAGCGGCGGCCACGCGCUCGUGCCCGACGACGGCUACUGGCGGUCGACGAGCUUGAGCUUGAACGUCUUGAAAUGCGCGUCGGACGACUACUGCCCGGACUCCUCCGUCGAUCUCUGGAACAAGCUCAACCCGACGUCGUGGCGCGCGCCGACGGCGUCGUGCGCCUACAACCACGCGGGCCCGCGGUGCGCUUUGUGCAAGCGCGACUACUACCUCGAGGCGGAGACGUUCCGCUGCGUCGCUUGCGAGGGCGGCGGCGAGGACACGCAGAAACUCCUCCUCUUCAUCUUCGCCUUCUUCGCGGGCCUCGUCGUCGUCGUCGCCGUCGGCUACUACGCUGUGAAGCACUGGCUCGGCGCGUACGUCGACGCGAUGCAGAAGACGGACGUCUUCGCGAGCCUCAACGACAAGUGGCUCCCCUUCCUCGUGCCCAAGCUCAAGAUCCUGCUGGUCACGGUCCAGAUCGUCGGCGCCUUCGGCGAGACGUUCUCCGCCGUCGAUUUCCCCGACAUCUUCGCGAAGCUCACGGAGUCGCUGUCCAUCUUCGGCUUCGACCCGAGCGCGUUCUUCGCCGCGUCGACGGAAUGCGACCGGCCGCAGUGGGACUUCCUCUCGAAGCUCGUGAUGUACACGGUGCUGCCGAUCGUCGGCCUGGCGCUGCUCUUCGGCGCGUACGAGCUCCUCAGGCGCCGGCACCCCAAGUCGCGCGAGAUAUUCAUGCUAUUCGGGCUUCUCGGCACGCAUAUGCUCUACACGACGGUUUCUAACGUCAUCUUCGCGUCUCUGUUUUGCGACGACGACUACGACGACGAGCCCGACGGGUCCCCGUUCAAAAACGGCUCCUGGCUCGCGGCGGACUACACCGUUUCCUGUCGGUCGGACCGGUACAAAUCGCACGCGAUCUACGCCUACAUCUGCAUCGUCAUCUACCCCGUCGGCAUCCCGCUGGGCUUCUUCGCGCUGCUGUACUCGGUGCGGGACAGCAUCGCGCCGACGGACUACGACGCGUUCGUGUCGAAGAUCCUGUCCGGCGAGGACCGGACGCUCGCUCUGGAAGAGCCCGUCGAGGUCGCGGAGACGGACACGGCCGAGGAGAAGGCCGUGAAGCGCAAGUACUCGCUCGUCCCGGCGUCGCCCGCGAAGAAGAGCGUGAAAGCCUCGGCAGAGCGCGUCCUCAACGCGAAGCGGGCCGCCGCCGAGGCCGGCGACGGCGCGGACCACCUCGUGUCGUCGGAGCGCUUCGCCAAGGUUCUCGCCGUGCACCACAAGGCCGUCGAGUUCCUCCAUGUCCAGGAGGCGCUCGCAAAUUUCCCCGAGGAAUCGAAGGACGCCGCGCUCGGCGUCCUGACGACCGUCGGGCAGAACAUGGUCAUCGAGCAUCGGUCCAUCGAUCCCGCGUGUUCGCACCUCACUUUCCUCUUCGACGAAUACGAACCCCGGUGCUGGUGGUUCGAGUGCGCCGAGUGCUUCCGCCGCAUCUGCCUGACGGGAUUCAUGGUUCUCUACGACGACGACUCCAUCGGCAAAUUGUACACGGCCGCGCUCAUGAGUCUCUUUUUCACCUGCAUCUACGUGUACUAUCAGCCAUAUGUAGACGACAGCACGGACCGCUUCUCGACCGUCAUGUCAGGCAUGGUGUUCCUGCAGCUCUUCUUGACGAUCAUGCUCUACGCGGAGACCUACAUUGAGGACGACCACAUCCGCGCGGGCUGGAGCACGAAAAAAUUCGGCGAGAUGAUGGUGGGCCUCGCGGUCGCCUCGGUGCCCGCGCAGGCGCUCAUCGAGUUCUGCCUCGAGCUCGAGAUCGACCUCAUCUCGCUCAUCGGCCUGGCCUUCGCCGCCCUGUGCUGCGUCACGCAGGCCAUCCGGCUGCGCAUGUCCAAAGGCGAGGGCGCCGCCGAGGAACCUCCCGAGGUGCCCGCGGACGACGACCCGGUGGGGCCGUCGGUGAUCUCGCUCGUGGAAAAUGCCGAAGCGUCUCUGAAGCUGGAGAGAUCGGAGACGCGCGCGCCCGCGGACGUCCAAAGCCGCUGCCUCGACGCCCCGACCAACGCGGCCGAGCUGCCGCUCUGCUUCGGCGUCGAUGCCGAUGCGGCCAUUUAAGGAAUUUUGUAGGC